AUGCUGCCCAGGGCCGCCCGAUCGCCGUGCUGGCGUGUCCCGGGACGCUUCGUAUACCCGAACCAAGCCGUCACGCGCCCAACCUCAUGGACGUCUGCGUCUUGCAGAGUGCAAUUCAGAGCCUUCUCAACCCCCAGUGCUCGAAAGGAACAAGUGCCUGCGAAUGCUUCAACCUCCUCGAAACCUCCAAAUUCCACCAGUCCAACCGCGGCGCAACCGGGAGCUGCCAAUGCGACCCAGGCUUCCGCCGCAGCCCCCGCCAACAAGAAUGCUACCACAACGACGAAGAAGAAGGACUUGCUUAGUGAGGCCACGGUAGCCAGCAAGGAACAAAGAAAGGCGGACUGGGCGAUCAUGAAGGAAAUGGCAAAGUACCUUUGGCCAAAGGACGACUGGGGGACAAAGCUUCGCGUUGGAAGUGCCCUAUCUCUCCUCAUUGGGGCCAAGAUCCUCAAUGUUGAGGUGCCCUUCUAUUUCAAGAGCAUUGUUGACUCGAUGAAUGUGGACUUUGCAACUGUGGGUGGCACGGCUUAUACAGUUGCGGGCUCCAUGAUCAUAGCCUAUGGUGUCACCAGGAUCGGGGCUACUGUUUUUCAAGAACUCAGAAACGCAGUCUUCGCCAGUGUGGCUCAGAAAGCAAUCCGCAAGGUUGCGCGAAAUGUCUUCAAACAUCUACUACGACUAGAUCUCAACUUUCACCUUACGCGCCAAACCGGAGGAUUGACGCGGGCAAUCGACCGUGGUACUAAGGGUAUCAGCUUCUUGCUGACUUCCAUGGUGUUUCACGUCGUUCCUACCGCUCUGGAGAUCUCCCUUGUGUGCGGCAUCUUGACCUAUCAAUAUGGCUUCAAGUUUGCGGCGAUCACGGCUACGACCAUGCUCGCAUACUCGGCCUUCACCAUUACCACCACCGCCUGGAGAACCAAGUUUCGUAAGCAGGCCAACGCGGCCGACAACCGUGGUGCCACUGUCGCUGUGGAUUCUCUGAUCAACUACGAGGCCGUCAAGUACUUCAACAACGAGAAAUUUGAGGUUGCUCGCUACGACAGAGCGCUCAAAAACUAUGAGGACGCCUCCAUCAAAGUGACCACCUCCCUCGCGUUCCUAAACUCCGGUCAAAACAUGAUUUUCUCGAGCGCAUUGGCGGCAAUGAUGUACCUCGCAGCCGACGGAGUGGCCACUGGCACUCUCACCGUUGGUGACUUGGUCAUGGUCAAUCAGCUCGUCUUCCAGCUCUCCGUUCCUCUCAAUUUCCUUGGAUCCGUUUAUCGCGAGCUUCGGCAGUCUCUGUUGGACAUGGAAACGCUGUUCAACCUGCAGAAAGUCAACGUGAAUAUCGUCGAGCGGCCCCAUGCGAAGCCAUUGGUGCUAAAUCAAGGGGGUGAGAUUCGGUUUGAGAAUGUCACCUUCGGCUACCAUCCUGAACGACCUAUUCUCAAGAACGCUAGUUUCACGAUCCCUGCCGGUCACAAAUUCGCCAUCGUCGGGCCUAGUGGUUGCGGUAAAUCGACUAUCUUGCGCCUACUAUUCCGCUUCUACGACGUUCAGGAAGGCCGGAUCCUCAUUGACGGCCAAGACAUCCGUGAUGUGACGCUCGAGAGUCUGCGCAAAGCUAUUGGAGUGGUGCCUCAGGAUACUCCCUUGUUCAACGACACGAUCGAACACAACAUCCGGUAUGGGCGGAUCGAAGCGACCGACGAAGAAGUCCGCAAGGCUGCUCGACGCGCCCACAUCCACGAACUGAUUGAGAAGCUACCUGAUGGAUACAAGACGGCGGUAGGAGAAAGAGGCAUGAUGAUUUCAGGUGGUGAGAAGCAGCGACUGGCUGUUUCCCGGUUAAUCUUGAAGGAUCCGGAGCUGCUCUUCUUCGACGAGGCGACCUCUGCCUUGGACACCUACACGGAGAAGGCACUGUUACAGAACAUCAACAGCAUCUUAAAGGAGAAGCGACGCACGAGCGUUUUCGUGGCCCACCGAUUGCGGACGAUCUACGACUGCGACCAGAUCCUGGUUCUGAAGGAGGGCCGUGUGGCGGAGACGGGUUCGCAUCGCGAACUUCUGGAACUCAAUGGCAUCUAUUCUGAAUUAUGGAACACGCAGGAAAUGUCGCUCACGCACGGGCAGGGGUCGGAGAGCGCAGAAGAGGCGGAGGAAGUGGAGCAAGACGCUGGCCCGUCCUCCCACCAGCGACAGAACUAG